CUACGUCAUCUGAAGCCACCGGAAGCGUGAGUUAUCUGUCCCCGCCCCAGCAGCUCAGUCAAUUCAACCUGAAGAGAAGGCGAGUCAACGGCUAAAAAUAUAAUAGCUAACACAAGAUGGCCGGUCUGCCUCGUAGGAUUGUAAAGGAAACGCAGCGGUUGAUGGCAGAGCCUGUUCCAGGGAUCACUGCUACGCCUGAUGAAGGGAAUGCACGCUACUUCCAUGUGUUCAUUGCAGGGCCUCAAGAUUCUCCCUUUGAAGGAGGCACAUUUAAACUUGAACUAUUUCUUCCAGAAGAGUAUCCCAUGGCAGCUCCCAAAGUGCGAUUCAUGACCAAAAUCUAUCACCCCAAUGUUGACAAACUGGGAAGAAUAUGUUUAGACAUUUUGAAAGACAAGUGGUCUCCAGCCCUGCAGAUCCGUACAGUGUUGCUAUCUAUCCAGGCAUUAUUAAGUGCUCCCAAUCCAGAUGAUCCACUGGCAAAUGAUGUUGCAGAGCAGUGGAAGAAAAAUGAAAGCCAAGCCAUUGAGACAGCCCGAACAUGGACCAGGCUCUACGCAGGCAACAGUGAAGUAUAGAAGAAGAGAAUCGAGGCGUCUGAAUGUGAUCCACAAAAUAUACUCCUAUUCUGUCAUUUGAAUUUAACGGACACAAAAAAAGAGGAAAAAAAAUAUUAUAAGUCCAAAUCUAUCUGAAAGAAAUGACAUGAGCAGCAGACCUCUGGGUGACAUAUGUUAAGACGUGUUAAAUGUGUGUUAGCCUUUUUUUCUUUCUUUUCUUUUCUUUUUUUUUUUUUUUUGUUUGAUUGUUUGUUUUCUUUCCCCUGUGUUGCUAUUUAAAUGCAUGGACAGAGAAUGAGACCCUCCCCAUUACAGUCUUAAAACUCACAAUACAAUGUGUUGUCUUUAACCAGGCACAUACUGGUACGUUUGCAAAGUGUACAUGCAUUAAAGCUGUCGUUCUUUUAACACAUGCAUUAUUUGUCAACACAUCUGUAUGUCUUUAUGUGUUAAUUCAGCACUGCACCGGUAGAAAUAGUAAAUGACACAAACUAUUAAUAAUGUAGGUUCCCAAAACUAAUUUAGAGGGGGGGACCCAAAACAAUUGGAAGGGGGGGAAAGCAAAAACAGCAGUUUAAAUGCACAGCAGGGGUGAAUCGGAAGGAUUUCACACAGGAAAUGCUUCCUCAAACUUUUAUACAAGCUGCCCCUAAUGUAAGUGCCAGGUUUGCUAAUGGGGAAUACAUAUUCCUUCACAGCCACAGCUCAUGUUUUAAAGAAUUUAGUCAGUGCCUAGUAUCCUGCAGGUUUUGUGUAUUCAUUCACACCUUACCAUUGGAGUCAGGUGUGUAGAAAAGAUGAUACAAAUGUUCUGAUUAGAAUCCAUUGAAUGGGGAUUCCUGCAGUAAUACAAGUGCUGCUGGUUGGUUGUAAGCCUGUUGUCCGAAAGCUUCAGCAAGUCUCAGAAACUUGAUUCAAUCUUUCUUUUAUUCAUUUUUUCCUUCUCAGUUUUCAGACCCUGUUUAGUUUGGGGAGGGUGGGCGGAGUACUUCCACAGCCUUAAAAAGUCAUUCCCAACACAUUAAGGGAGGCAGAUGAUGGUCAGUGUUGAAAGAAACUGUAAAUAUCAUAGCAGAGUAGCGUGUGUUGAAAAUGACGUCAGCUUUUUAAGUGUAGGAAGUUAACUUGUUGGUUUUAUGUUCAUUUUUAACUAUCUGUCCAUGCUGUAUCUGUUGCCUGUUUUCGAUUUUAUUUUCAGUGUCACUUCAUGUAUCAUAACCAAGCUGAUAACAGGACGGUUCAAACUAGACGCCAGAGGUGAAGGGGGUGUUUUCUUUAAGGGGGAAGUUGCAGUUCUUGCCAUUGAUUACAAGGUUGUUUUCAGAGUUUUCUGCUUUUACAUUUAAUCAGUUCCCGUGGGUAAAUUUGGUCACUGUGGAAGCAGGAAGAGCGGUGUUACAAAUAAAACGUGUUCAACUUCAAAAGGAUUUUUGAUUGGCUAAAGAGAAUGGAUGUCACGCACACUGUACGAUAAUCCCACAGGGUGUGAUUCAAUUUGAUGAACACUUCAGAAAAUAUAGAAACUUUCCUUUUAAAAGAGAUCAAAUAACGUUAAAGGCUCACUGCUACAUUGCCUGUACCCUUCAUGUUGCUUCAUUGUGGCUCAUCUGAGAGAGGACUGACCGAAACCUGUUUGUAGCUUUUCAUUUUUUUUUUCUUGGAUUAUCACAGGCUUUGCUUAGAUUUGAUGGUGUCCAGAAAUAUUAACUCUAACUGCUAUAUUUGCGGAAGCCUGGAAGACGGAGCACGGCUUAAAACCUGGUUAAUUUAUUGUUUCCCUGAGGGACUUGAUGGUAAUCUAAAGGAAAAAAAACAGUCACUGGAUUUUUGAAAUAUAUUGAUCAAUAUACUGAGCUCAAAGUGAAUAAUCAACUCCCCAUGUGAUGAAUUAAAAAAAAAAGUUCUGUCAGUAAUUUCAGUGCAUUUGCAUACAUGGCUCUUCAAACACUCUGGUAAUAAACUGAGUUGAGUAAGUAA